CGGCCGCUCACAAUCGGCCCCGAGCAGGGGGAAGGGAGGCGCUUUCGGUGUCGGCACGGGCGGAGGGGUGGGAGGAAGUCCUACGGUGGCCGCGGAGGGACGGCGCUACGGCGCCCACGCUGGGCCAAACGCUGCCGGCCGCCGGGCGCGCGAACCCCGGGCCCUCCGGGGCGCCCUCGGACCGGGGCGCGUGAGCGGCCGGGACCCGCAGUCGCCGCGCCGUCGGCACCAUGCGGCCGCCCUGCUCCUGGAGCCCCGCGUGCCGGGGGGGUCCGCAGGCCCGGCCGCCCGCACCGCCGGCCUCCCCCGACGCCGGCGCGGAGAGGGCACCUGGCCACCGCCUCCUCCAGGGCUCAGCUGCUGGCUUCCAGGCCUAGGUGCCCAUGACGCCUAUGCUGACCACUGCCUGGACACCACCGCCGCCACGAGCUAGCACCAGCGCCCGGGCCCCAAUGCCGGUCAUGCCCAUCCCGCGGCGGGUGCGCUCCUUCCACGGCCCGCACACCACCUGCCUGCACGCGGCCUGCGGGCCGGCCCGCGCCUCCCGCCUGGCGCGCACUAAGUACAACAACUUCGAUGUCUACAUCCGGGCGCGCUGGCUCUACGGCUUCAUCCGCUUCCUGCUCUACUUUAGCUGCAGCCUGUUCACGGCCACGCUGUGGGGCGCGCUGGCCGCCCUCUUCUGCCUGCAGUACCUGGGCGUGCGCGUCCUGCUGCGCUUCCAGCUCAAGCUGUCGGUGCUGCUGCUGCUGCUGGGCCGCCGGCGGGUGGACUUCCGCCUCCUGAACGAGCUGCUCAUCUAUGGGAUCCGAGUCACCGUGCUGCUGGUUGGGGGCCUGGGCUGGUGCUUCAUGGUCUUCGUGGACAUGUGAGGGGCACCGGCGGGCCUCGGCUCUGGGGUUUACCCCUCCCGUGGUGGUGGCUGCGUGCGUGGCCCGUCCCUCCCAAUGGCGUAGGCCAGGGUCCUGUUCUCCCCGACCUGUCUCACAGGUGGGCUCUGCCACCACGUCCACCCCCCAGCACAUGGGGGAGGGGGGCUGAGGCUGCUGCCUGAAGGGGCCGCUGGUCCCCCGCUGCUGCUAGUUUUCUGCUCUGACCCUCUUGGUGCGCUCACGGAGGUACGGCGCCUCGUGGCCUCCAGCCUGUGCUUCCAGCCCCGCUUUGCCAGGGCGGCCCGCCGGGCCCAGCUGUCCUUGGAGAGCCCGCGUGUCCCUGUUUCCUGUCCGGCACACAGGCGUCGGCCGUGGUGUGCAAGCGCCUCCUGGCCGGCCACGCCGCCCUUUCCCGUGAAUCCCCAGCCCCUGCCCUGCCGUAGGGAGGCGUCGGGCUCAGCAAGCUGUUGUACCCCACUGCCACGGGGCUGCUCGCUCUGCCCUGGGCCACCGGAUCCAGGCACAGCUCGCACACUCCCCAUCUGUCACCCUGAGAGGUGCAGGGAGUGCUGAGUCCCAGGCCGGGUUCCCGGGUCUGGGUGGUUUGCCUAGAUGCAGUCCGGUGGGGGCCGCAGUCAGCCUUGGCAGCUCCCUAGAUCUGGGACCGGCCCCGGGCAGUGCCAGUCUGGGGCCGGCCCGUUUUCCUCGUGGGCAGGGUUGUUGACGAUGUCAACUUGGAUGCCAUAGUCUCUUCAAGUGCGGAUUUCUGAUGAGGCAGCUUAACUCCUUGCCUGCUGGGGGGAGGGGCUCUGGCCCCGCUUCUUGUGGGGAGGGCUUCUGGAGGGGUGGCUGGAAGUGAAAUGCAGUGUUUGGAGCUGACGUCAGAGGCCUGAGUGUGCACCGCAGACGCACGAGCCCAGCUUCUGUUUAAAAAGCACCUCAUAGAGUUGCGCGUGUG